UCGAUGCGUUCGACCAUGACAAGAAGGGUAGCAUCGGUACUGACAUGGUGGGAACAAUAUUGACCAUGUUGGGGUACGAGCUCAGUGAGAAGACGUUGAAGGAGAUCAUCACAGAAGUGGACGAAGAUGGAUCUGGACAACUGGAAUUCGAGGAGUUCUGCACGUUGGCUGCCCGGUUCUUAGUAGAGGAGGACACAGAGGCGAUGCAACAAGAGUUGCGCGAAGCAUUCCGAUUGUACGAUAAAGAAGGGAACGGGUACAUAACCACGGCAGUGUUCCGUGACAUUCUCCACGAACUGGACGACAAGCUGACGCCGCAGGAGCUGGACAUGAUGAUAGAGGAGAUCGACGCUGACGGUUCAGGAACACUCGACUUUGACGAGUUUAUGGAAGUCAUGACUGGCGGUGACGACUAGAUUGCAUGGCUGUUAAUUAGGAUGGACGGCGGCUACGAUUAAGCUUGGCUACGAUUGACACGAGUGCAACGCUGUUCCGGACACGGAAGCCAAUCGGCUCUGUGUUGUUUGAUAACCGCGAACGUUUCCGGGUCGGUUGAACGGCAGCUUCCAGUGUCCUUACAACAGCAAACGCCGGGGCGAGAAUUUAAAAAUGAUGGUACAAAAGACAAAAACGAGAGCAAAGAUUAUACAAUCUUCCAUCAGGGGAUUUAAUACACACACACACACUGUCUCGGUUCGAUAAACAAUAUGUACUGAGUAAUGUAACAAUUUAUAUGAUCUAAGAUUGCAAUAUACAAAUCUAUAAAAAUUC